AUGUUUGGAAGGCAUCUGCAAUCUAAAGAAUCGAGAAAGAUACUUCAAUUUAUCAAAGAGAUUCAUCUAGAAUUGCCGAUUAAAACCCUCAUUACGGACAACGGCCGCGAAUUCAAUAACAAAUCACUGGACAAAUUUUGUACAGAUAACAGAAUAGAAAGACAGUUUUCAGUACCUUAUUACCAUCAGAGCAAUGGACGAAUUGAGGGGGCAAAUAAAACAAUUAGAGGUGGAAUAAAACACGCAAAAAAACCAAUUAAAAGCAUUCUAGCAAAAAUCAUUUCUGGUUACAAUGGAACAUGCCACUGGGGUAUAGGAAUGACACCAAAUGAAGCAAUGAAAACAUCUAACAGAGUGGAGAUACCCAAACAUCAAGAUAAGUAUGCAGAAGAAUUCAAAAGAAAAAAAAAGAACCUUGUAAAAUGUAUAAAACAGGAGAUAACGUUCUUUUAA